AUGCCGAAGGGUUUAAUACCCCUCAUGCUCAGUCCCAGUUUGACCGAGAGCUUCGGCUCCGGUCCCUCAAGAACCACCGUCAUCCUCCCCGGUGGUCAAUACACCAACCCUUCUGCUGCGUCGUCUACUACUCCGGCGCACAAGCGCAACGCCAGCGAUGUCACACCCAUGAUCAAGCUCUCCCGGCCGCCCGUCAAGACAACGAAGCGCCACUCACAGCAGGUGCCCGCUUCCUUGCCCGUCCUGCCCUUCACGUCGGCCGAGUGGAAGAAGGCAAUCACGGAAAUAAAAAAGUGCUACGUGACCCGCCGGUACCGCGCGUGCUCAGCCAGGUGUAAUGAGAUCCUCACAAAUUCCAAGGACCUCUCAAAGGUCCAGCCCGCCUAUUUAAUAUACCUUAACUUUUACGCUGCGGCAUCCCUCGAGAUGUGCGCCAGGCCACUGCAACCUGGGUCAUCUUACAGAAGCAGCCUUCUUCAACAGGCGCGAGGGCACUAUAAUGCUGCUUCGUCAUUAAUCCGGAAGGCAGAAGAAGUCGCGCUCUCUCAAUCACGGUCGACCUCUGCUGCGUCGUCAUUACCCAGCCUGCACUCUCCAUCAGGCUCGGUCUCAUCUCGGGCGUGGACCCCGGAGUCCUGCCUUAUGACGCCGAGCUGUACUCACUCCAGGAAAUCCAGUCUGCAGCAAGAACCACGCUCAGGGGACCGGGAGAGACCAAAGAAGAAGGUCUCAUUCGAGCUCCCAAAGGAUAAGGACCGAUGGUCGUUCCGGCUACCAGAGCCCGUGGUCCGCCCCGACUCACCAACACUGGGCUUUGACGAUGACUACUUUGUGUCUGGCGCAUCGCGACAGGAGCUCCCGGACCUCCCUGCGGUCUCCAGCAAGCGCUGGUCUCGUCAGGAUUUCGAGGUCGACCCGCUAGACAGCCCCGCGUCAUCGCCACCGCCCAUGCCGUCCAUCAGCGAGGACGAGGAGCCCAGCCCAUCCAGCUCGCCCUCCUCCGAAGGGUUCGGCCCCGACGCGUGCCCCUUCGGCCAGUUCGGCGCCAUCGAUUCCGAGUCAGCCCGCUCCGUGUCCCGCUACUGCGAGACGCUCUCCUCGCUCAAGACGCAGGUGGCCAGCCACCUGGGCUCGCUCAACGAGCUCCUCGAGAGCGACGAGCGGCUCCAGAUCCACGACCAGCAGCAGCAGCAGCAGCAGCAGCAGCCCGAGUCGCCGCUCCUGUACGACGCGACGACCAUCAAGUCCGCGCACGUCAACCGCGUGAGCCACGACGGCCGGCAGCGCAGCGGCAGCAGCAUGAGCUUCAGCAGCGUCGGGUCUAUCGGCGAGGACGACGAGGCCCGCCUGCAGGACCGCAUGGCGAGGAUCGACAAGCUGCGCAUGUCCGGGUGGAAGAGGAAGCGGUUCGACGCGAGCCGCUACGAGGUGCUCUGCGAGACGGUCAUGGCGGAGCUGAACGCCAACUGA